GCGGCGGCCCUUGGACCCGGUGCCGCGCCGAGCCUGAGCCAUGGCGGCGGCGGCGGGGCAGAACGUGGCCGUGGUCGUGCACCGAGCCGGGGACCUGCGGCUGGAAACUCGUCCAGUCCCAGAACCGGGUCCCAAUGAGGUCCUCCUGCGCAUGCAUUCCGUUGGGAUCUGCGGGUCUGAUGUCCACUACUGGCAGCACGGCCGGAUUGGAGAUUUUGUCGUCAAGGACCCCAUGGUGUUGGGGCACGAAGCUUCCGGGAGAGUCGUCAAAGUGGGCUCAGGGGUGACUCAUCUGAAACCAGGUGACCGUGUGGCCAUUGAGCCGGGUGUCCCGAGGGAAAUGGAUGAGUUCUGCAAAACUGGACGCUACAACCUGUCCCCAACGAUCUUCUUUUGUGCGACCCCCCCCGAUGAUGGGAAUCUGUGCCGCUACUACAAGCACAGUGCCAGCUACUGCUACAAGCUUCCAGAUAACGUCACCUUUGAAGAAGGAGCCCUUAUCGAGCCCCUGUCAGUGGGAAUCCAUGCCUGUAAAAGAGCAGGAGUCACUCUGGGAAGCAAAGUCUUCGUGUCUGGCUCUGGACCAAUUGGCCUCGUUAAUGUGAUUGUUGCUAAGAUGAUGGGUGCAGCUGCCGUGGUGGUCACAGAUUUAUCUGCCUCUCGCCUGCAAAAGGCCAAGGAGGUGGGGGCAGAUUUUACCGUUCAGGUGAAGAACGAGACCCCGCAGGAGGUGGCCUCCAAAGUGGAAGGUGUGCUUGGCUGCAUGCCCGACAUCACUGUGGAGUGCACAGGGGUGCAGACCUGCAUUCAAGCUGGCAUUUACGCCACUCGUUCUGGUGGGACCUUGGUGCUCGUGGGGUUGGGACCUGAGAUGGUGACGGUGCCCAUUGUGAAUGCUGCCGUGCGGGAGGUGGAUAUCCGGGGGAUAUUCCGCUACUGCAACACGUGGCCCGUGGCCAUUGCUCUGCUUGCAUCCAAGCGGAUCAACAUCAAGCCCUUGGUUACACACCGCUUCCCCCUGGAGAAGGCUCUGGAGGCGUUUGAGACCACCAAGAGGGGCGAGGGGGUCAAAGUCAUGCUGAAGUGUGACCCCACUGACCAGAGUCCCUGAGUUGCUGCAGUGCCUGGCCCUCACCCCACUGCACCAGCCUGCCUGGGAUGCGCAGGAUGAGUCUGCAGGAAGGAGGUUGAUGUGGGGCUGUUGCAUGUUUGGGGUCACCUUGCACAGGUACUUCUUGUACCUAGAAAAUCAAAAGGUGAUGAGGGUGAGUGGCACUGGGAUACACCAUUAGAGCACUAACAGAUAGCUAUGAAUGGAUAACCAAUAGUUUGAAUCAAGAUGUUGGGGUAGAGAUGAGGGUUUUCACAGUUGGCUCUUCCUCAGCCGCCCCCCAGCAGAGCCUGACCUGGUUCCUCUGUGCUGGGGGACGUGCUGGCACUCCACCUUCCCAUCCCACACUGCAGCUCUUCCUGCAUGACAAUCCCUGGAUGUGAGAUAGCCCUAUAUGAAUAUUUCCCUUUCCUAUUGCACCUUCCCUCAGGGAUGCUCAGGGAUUGUACAACCUGUGGAACAAAGCCUGGCCAUCCCCACUCCAAGGGGAGCACCAACAUAUUCGGGUCUUCUCUCCAUGCUCUUUGCAAAUAUCCCACAGCUCAGAGCCCAGGGUUUUUGUGAAGCUGGUCUGGAGGCCAGCAGGGACCACAACUCCUGUGUCAUCCCCUAGUAGCUCCUUGUGGGACCACUUCAGGCUGGGAAACUGGGACUGCUGAGGGCCCUGUCCCCAUGUGGCUCCCCGGGAGGGGCUGCUGUUGGAGGACACAGCUGCUUUUAGCAUGGAGGGGAACGCAGGGGAGCCAUAAGGCGACAGCAUCAUUCGAAGGUUUUACCACUGCGAACAAAUCAUACUUUUGGGGGAAUAUUGGGCCUUCCUGCUGAGUUUGUGAGCCAUGAAUGAGGUACUAAUAAGGUAGCAGGUUGCAGAUAAAAUCUAAUCUUUGAUUACAGUCAUGUAAUUUUACUACUGAGAGAUCAGUUCCUUCCUUGGGCUGGUACUGAACUUUCCUCAAUAAAUGCUGCCUACCUGAGACCU